CGUCGCGCUCGCACGGCGCACGAGACGAUGGUCGAGCGUGCGCAGAUCGUCGUCUUCCACACUGUCGAUCAGGUACGCAAGGCGCAGGCGUCCGGUCUGAUCUUCCUCUUCCUGUCGCACCAGUGGUUGGGCUGGUCCGAGCCCGAUCCCGACGGUGCACACUACGCUGCGAUGUGUUCCGCCAUUAAGGCCGUCGCGGAGAUCAUGAGCUUCUGGGCGCGACACGGGUCGAGCAACAUGCACGUGCUCGGAGCCGACGGCAGCUUCGGACCCCUCGACUUGAGUGAUGAGGCGACGCUGGUCUCGACUCUGGGUGUGUUCCAGGGCGAGCUGACCUGCUGUCGCCUUGGCCACCCCCGCGCGCAACCCUGCGACAAGGAAGAACUCGUGCUGCCAAUUCUGGGCCUCCUCGCCCACAUGUACCGAGACCAUUUAUUAGCGUUGCGAAGUAGCGACGGGCUCGAGCUGUCAAAAACGAGCAUGGCGGCCGGCGCGUUUGACCUUAUUGCGCCUCAUCUCGAUGUUCUGUUCCCUAAGACCUUCGAGUGGGAAUAUACGCCUGAUGGAACACAAAUUGUUGAGACUUCACCGUUAUUUGGAGACCUUGUUGAGGCCGUAAAGUACGCGGUUGAGGUCGAGAUGGCGGCUGAAGACGACCCAAUUUUCCAGCGCGCCGCGCCUAUCUUCGAGCCGGGCACCCACGCGCGGCGACGGAUUCACGUACGCGCCAGGUACGAAAAAAGGCGCAGUGGAGAAACGGACACGUCGAGCCCGAGCCGCGCGCACGGCGGUGGUCACCCGAUGCCACGCCGGGGUCGUCCGGCCCUGCACGGAAUGAACUGGCGUUCGUUCAGGCGGGACCCCGACGCGCAACACCCGCACGGCGCGCCGGGCGAGAUCGACGAGCCCUGA